CGUACGUCCAGCCACCGGAGGUGUACCACCGUCCACCAUUAUAAUAUAUCUCCGUCAGCACCGUUUGUCCGUUCUUUCAAACCCUCUGCUUUAAUUGACGAUUGUUUCACGAUUUGCGGUAUAAUUGACUAACGGUUUUUACUUCAGGCGUCUGAAUUUAUAACAUUCGUUCAUCCCAAACCCAGGAGAGCAAAAGAUUAUUUCCUUGACAGCGAGCGCGGUGGUCGUCCACGGAGAUUGGGACAUCGUUGGUUGAAGAUGGCAUUCUUGAAAAACACUCUAUUUCUGUCUCUCGCUCUUGCAGGAUGCGCAUCAUCGCAGACUCAACCCGAACCGACCAACCCAGAACUCCAACCGGGUGGCAGUAGCAUCCAACCUCUAUUGGAGUCUCUCCUCGGCAAAACCCUCCACAUCAUCCUCCACGACCACCUAGAAUCCAAGUUCCAAGACGGCAUCUUCGAAACCGACACCAACGCAAUCGAAGCCAUCCACAACACCGACCCACCCCUCGCCUCCCGCCUCCUCUCAGCCGCCCACCUCGACCUCCUCCGCCGCCAAACCCCCAACUCCACCACCCCCCCGGAAGAAACCACCCCUUCCGACACUUCUUCCCCACCUCAGGAGACGACUCCCCCAUCGGCCACCAGCACCGCGCACAUCGAAUCCUCCCUCUCCCCUCCCUCAUCCACCGACACUCCACCCACCAACCCUCCCGUCAACGACCCCUCCAUCGACCUCCCUACCCCCUCCUCCGCCAAUAACCCCUCCAGCACCGGCCCAUCCCCACCCAUCUCCACCAUCACCGACCCCUCCAUUGAUCAGGGCACCACUACCGCCCCGCCAUCGCGACUCACCACGACCACCCGCCCCGGUAGUUCAUUAGGGGCUAGCGUGGUGAGUAGCGUCGUGUUGAGCACUAGCACGAUGCCGGACGGGCGCGUGGAGGUGGUGACGAGCUAUACGGUGGUGGGGGGGGAGGCGAUGAGGCCGACGGGGACGGGGGCCGUGGGGGGGCGGGAGGGGGAUCCACAGUUGCAGGGGGGUGGGGGGAGGAUAGGGGUGAUGUGGGUGAUGGUGGGGUUGGCCGGUGCGGUGGGGAUGGCAGUGGGGAUGUGAGAUUAGGGAGGGGAGGAUAUAAACUAUAUGUACUAUGGAAUAAUUGGCGACGGAUAAUUGGCGACAGGAUCAUGAUUACGAAGGGAUAGGCGCUCGUCAUGGCUGGAAGGAAAAAAUUGGAAGGUAAAAAUUGGAAGAACUUCAAGCGCAGGGAGUAUGGGAAUUGUAUUUGUGAAGGCUACCCUACGGAGCGAGUCUACACGCGCUUCAAAACUAUCAGCA